AUGGGCGCCUAUCUCUAUGGGCGCCUAUCUCUAUGGGCGCCUAUCUCUACGGGCGCCUAUCUCUAUGGACGCCUAUCUCUAGGGGCGCCUAUCUCUAGUGGCGCCUUUCUCUAUGGGCGCCUAUCUCUAGGGGCGCCUAUCUCUAUUGGCGCCUAUCUCUAUGGGCGCCUAUCUCUAUGGGCGCCUAUCUCUAUGGGUGCCUAUCUCUUUGGGCGCCUAUCUCUAUGGGCGCCUAUCUCUAGGGGGCGCCUAUCUCUAGGGGCGCCUGUCUCUAUGGGCGCCUAUCUCUAUGGGCGCCUAUCUCUAGGGGCGCCUGUCUCUAUGGGCGCCUAUCUCUAUGAGCACCUAUCUCUUUGGGCGCCUAUCUCUAUGGGCGCCUAUCUCUAG